AUUCAAUAUCAUAGGCUUCUUAUUGGCGUACCUUUCGCUCCUUGAUCUUCUCACACAGGAAACGCGUGAUUAUUACUCUAUUAUUAUCAUUUUCUCUCCGGUAAAAAAAUGAGAUUCACAGAAACCGAUCAUUUUAGUCACCCACAUCGGCUUCUACUGAUAUCGGCCGAAGUUCCUUUUCGAUGCGAUGGAUGCAAAGAGCUUGGGUUUGGGUUGUGUUACCAGUGUCCCUACGAGGAGUGCAACUUCCAUCUUCAUAAAGAAUGCGGAAAUGCUCCACCUUCCACUUCCCAUCCGUUUUUGAAGAGAUGUAACUUCAAAUUCUACAAGGAAACUCCCGGAUGGCGUGCUAGGUUUUGCGACGCUUGUGGAUUGGACAUCAAUGGCUUCUUGUACCAAUGCUCCCACGAGCAUGCACACGAUUUACAUCCAUGUUGCGCUAAACUCCCCAAGAGCUUAUCCAACAAUGGGGAAAAAAUCUACCUUAGUAACCAAGUUCGAUCCAAAUGCUUGAAAUGCAAGAGGAAGGAAAUUGCAAAUGGAGUAAAGGGCUGGUCCUAUGUUUCUUCAUGUGGUAACUAUUGUUAUCAUGUAGCAUGUGUUAAGGAAGCGAUCAUAGAGAAUUGGCAAAGUGGUUAUUUUCAAUUAGAUGCUACCAAUGAAUUGCAAAUUAGUGGUCCAAGUCAAGAGCUAGCAGGCCGAAGAGGAGGAAACUCAGGGUGGAGGAAGGCUAGAAAAUUAUGGCUCAUUCUCAAGCUAGUGGUUUCGGCUAUAUUUGGUGAUCCAGUCACCCUAAUUUCUUCUUUGGUUCAAGCUUUGUUAGACUAAGUAAUUGUUGUUGUGUAACUGCCCCAUAAAUUAUUAGCAAAUUUUUAAAUUUCUUGUAUUAGGGUUCCUCCUUUAUCUAGUUUUAUUCUCCUUGCAGACUGUUUUUCUCUUUGUAUUGGCGUGUUUGAGCAGUUAGAAAAUUGUAUAUUUUUUUCACUUGUGAGAGAGACUAUUCUUAAUUA